UGUCUCUUAUUACACCAAAGGGAAACACGUUUUGCACCUUGCGUACCUUUAGAAGACUAAAAGUCAGGGAAAACGCGGAAUUUGAGUUGAACAAACUUACUUUUGUUUGCACCUGAUGCGACCCUCUGACUGCAGGAAAAAGCCUGGUGAUGUGGAUGUGGUCUUUACGCGCUGGAGCUGUGCAAAACUCGACGUUUAACAGUAAACCGGGACUUUAAAACCAUAUUGUAUUUUCGUUUAUUUCCUUAUAUUUUUGUCUGAACAGUCACAUGACGCAAAGUUUCGCUUGGAGUCCAGGUUUUGUGGUGAGACCGUGUGCCUGCCAAGUGGAGUCGCGUGUCUAUUUGCUGCUAACCCACAAGGAAACAUGAACGUCUCCUUCUUCGACGUGACCCAAGGUGCACUGUUUAACGGGAGUCAGACCCUCGCCGGAACUCUGGCGACAUACACCGGCAAUGGCACAGAUAACGUGGUGACCGGCGACGGCGGAGGGUCCCUGGUGCUGCUGCAAGAAGAGCGUAAGCUGUUCGUCAUGCGUGUGGUGCAAAUCGCAGUGCUGUGCGUGCUGUCACUCACCGUCGUGUUCGGUAUAUUUUUCCUCGGGUGCAACCUGAUGAUCAAGUCGGAGAGCAUGAUUAACUUCCUGGUGAAGGACCGGAGACCAUCCAAAGACGUGGAGACGGUCAUGAUCGGGCUCAGCUAGAGGAGGGAGAGCAGGCAGGCACAGCUGAAAACUGGAGCGGGGGAUCCGGUAUGAGGAUCUGGUGCGCAUUCCCAACCGCAGGUCAAGAUCUGCAUCUGCAUGUACUUCAAAGACGCUCUCUCUGUGUCCUAGUGAGGAAAGAUAUGCAAAAACUUCACAUUUCCUUCCGAAAAUGACCACAGGAAAGUAGUCCAACGACCAAUGUUUGUGCGUAAAGUUCGUGCGUAACAGACAGUUGUUUACACGUGGGCCGAUCUGUUGAAUCUUUUGAGUGAAUUUAAUAUUGCCAACUUGAACAGAGUGACGAAAUGUUUACAAGCUGUUACCUCAUUUUUUGUGUGGUUAUUAUUUUUUCUUUUUUGUAAAUUUGAAAUGAUUGUUAAUGAAUGUUUUUAAAACUGUCAAAAGCAUGAUUGUGAAUUCUUAUAGUUCCACGUCUGCCAGUGUACUCCGUGGACUUGAUGGAUAUGUGGGUAUUCUCUAUACGAAGUAUUUUUCUUGGUCUCUUAGUUUGGUAAAUACACUAAAUACUGAAAUCUUGCACGUUUUUCAACAAACUCCGUCACAGCUUUAUGGAGUGAUUCUGGUCCUGUUUGGCAUGCUCGCUAAUUGAUCUGUAAAGUGAUUUUUGGACCCGUUUUGCACUUUUGAAAUCACUGAUGCUGCAUGAUUUUGUAAAAAAAAAAAAAAAAAAAAAAAAAAAGAAAAAGAAAAAAGAAAAAAAAGAAGAAAACAAAAAAAGGAAAAAAAAGAAAACCAAAUAACCUUUGAACUUGAAAUUGCAGCAUGCAAUUAAAACAUUGGAAUUACCAUAUUAA